GAACGGAAGUUGUGGAUUUCCUGGUUAGCCUGCUAGCAACAGUAAGAGUCGCCACCAUGGAUGCAAUGAAAACAUGGCCAGAAGUGGAUAAAGCAGCGGCAGAAAAGAGACGUGAACUUGUUUUGCAAGGGGCUACAGCCGACAAGAAGAUUUCAUCACACGGGCGUCUUCCGUCUGCCAUUUAUUCCCUCACGCUGCUUAAUUAUCUCGAGGUUAGCCAGUGUCCGAGUUUGACGGAGAUCCACGAGAACAUCCAGCAUCUGACAAACCUUCAGAGUCUCAUCCUGUGCAGGAAUAAACUCGCAUGUAUCCCAGAUGUCAUCAGCAGCCUCAAGUCCCUCAAAGUUCUGGACCUAUCAUCCAACAACCUCGGCCUUUUACCGGAUGGCAUCACGCAGCUCCAGGAGCUAACCACUUUGAACGUGAGCUGCAACCGUUUGGAGGCUCUCCCGGACGGACUGAGCCAAUGCGCCAAGCUUUCUAGCGUCAACAUUUCCAAGAACCGCAUCAGCGGCUUCCCGAGCGAUCUGUACUCGGAGCGACUGGACCUGCUCAGCACCCUGGAGGCCUCGGAUAACGCCAUCGUGGAGCUUGGCAGAGAUAUUCACAAGUUGUCAGCUCUGAAGGUGCUAGAUCUCUCCAACAACCAGCUGAGUGACAUCCCAUCCAGUCUGAGCGACUGCCCCAAGCUAAAGGAGAUCAACUUCAGAGGCAACAAGCUGAACGACAAGCGCCUGGAGAAGAUGGUGAAUGGCUGCCAGACGAAGUCCAUCCUCGACUACCUGAGAGGGAAAGGAAGGCAGGGAGAGGAGAGAGGCGACAUGGAUGGGGGACGGACCGUGAAUGACAAGAAGAGGAGGCAACAGCAAAAGAAGAAGAGGGAAGAAGAACAUGAUGAGUUGGAAGAAGUCAACAAGAUGGUGGUGAGGGUUCUCCGUGUUUCCGACGCUCCUGAGGCACUCACGGUCAGAGUCAGCGCGGAGGUGAAGGAUGUACGACCUUACCUGGUGUGCUGUGUGGUCAGAGGCAUGAACCUGAAACCUGGGAGUUCUCUCAAGCGGUUCCUGGUGGCACAAACAAAACUUCAUGAGGACAUAUGUGGGAAGAGGACCAUCGCGACCAUCGCCACUCAUGAUGUGCAGCUUCUCAAAGGUCCGCUGGCCUAUGACGCCAAACCUCCCACACAGCUCAAAAUCGUGCCGCUGGGUCGGAAGGAGAUGACGGCUGUCGAGCUGAUAAGACAUCUUCAACUGGAGGCUGACGAGCUGAGGAAGCAGAAGAAGAGGCAGAACGUCACUGGUCUCCACAAAUACCUGCAGCUUCUGCAAGGAAAAGCGCUAUAUCCCUGUAUUGUGGAUGCAGAGGGACACGUGAUCUCAUUCCCGCCUAUCACAAACAGUGAGAAAACCAAGAUCAAGAAGACAACCAAAGAAUUGCUCUUGGAGGUGACAAGUGCAAACAGCCUGCAGACCUGUAAAGAUGUCAUGGACGCUCUGAUUGCAAAAAUGGCAGAGUUGAACAAGUUCACAGCCGAGCAUCGAGAGGAAGCGGGGUCUGACGGAGAAGGGGGCGCCCCACCGGACACGACAGCCAGCGCGGACGCGUGCAGUGAACUGAUCAUCCAGCAGGUCCGAACGGUCGACCAGGAUGGGAACCUGAAGGUGGUCUACCCGUCCAAGACAGACCUCUCCAGAGAUAUCCCCAACUUGACUGUCAUUUGGUAGUACUGUACAGCAAUCCCCCAGUCUUGCGCUGGGACUGAAGCAAAAACUCAAAACCCCCUCUAAAAAUGCAUUUUUCUGUAGUUUAAACCCAAAAUUAUCCUCCCACACCCUUAAAACUAAUUCAAGACAAACAUUUAUUCAAGUCAGUGUACCAGUGAAGAUACAAACAUGAUAAAGCUGUCCAGUUUUUCCUUACAAUGCAACCCAAUAUUGCUGCCGUUGGACCAAAUCUGUGUCAAAAUUUGGUCAAUUUCAUUACUUAUUCACAAAUUGAUACUAUUGGCCAAUCCCCUUAUUUUUGACCAAUCUAAAGUGUUGGAAAUGGCUUGCUCUUUUUGAGGAUACGUGAUCGCUUCAACAAACAUGCCGUUUGUGUUUUCUUGAAAAGUGGUUUUGGAGAUAGUGAUCCCUCAUUUAUCGCGGGUGUGAGGUUCCAGACUACCUCCGCAAUAAGUGAAAUCUGUUGUG